UGCUGAUGGAUAACAGUUUGUCAUGGUGUGCUCCUUCCUCGCCUCUUCGUCCCCCUCACCAUUAUGGUGGUCAGCUACUUCCUCACAAUCAGCGCCCUGCAGACGGAAGCUACCCUCUGCAUGGACCAGCUGGUGCCCCGGCCCAAGUGGAGCGCCACCCUAACCCUCAGCUUCUUUCCCCAGGCCUCGCUCUCCUCAGAGAAGCUUUUCUUCAGGCGUUCACUAAGCCACAACACAGGAGGGGUAGGAAGAGGGGUUGGUGUGCGGUAUGGGUGUCGCACCAUGCAGUCAAUCAGCAACAAGCAGAAGGCCUCCCAAGGUCCUGGGCAUGGCCUUCUUCCUGUUUGUGGUCAUGUGGUGUCCAUCAGCAACGUACUGAAGGUGAUGUGCGACCCCCAUGGACUGUGACCCUGGGGUGAUGGGAAGGCUGCUGAACAUGUAUGUGUGGGUGGAUACCUCUCCUCAGCCGUCAACCCUCUGGUAUACACUGUUCAAAAACUCUGUUCAAUGUACCGUACCGUCUUCUUCUGCUACAUACACUGCCAGUACAGCAGGGGGAGGAAGCCUCUGCAGCUCGUACUGGUCAACAACAUCCCUCCGCUGGCAUACAACUCCCUUAAACUUAAAAACAUGGUCAGUGAUGGUCGACUUAAGGGGGUGGCUCUCCCAUGGACACCACUGCAAUAGCAGCUGGGGCUGGUCUAAACUCAUUGAAAUAGGAAAAAAAAGGAAGUGGGCCACGAGUGGGAUUUCUCGCUUCCUUUUCCAUCUCUGCUAGUCACACCAGAAAAUAACUAAGAUAAUGCUAAAUUAUCAGCAACAGCCAGGAGGCAGGAGGGGACUUGAUUCCCCCAAAAUGUUAAUGCACCUAGCCUUGGUACCAGUCUGUUUAGCUAACAUUCCAGUACCUGUACGCCAUGUCAUAUGCCAAAGAUGUUUUGCAAUGACACGGAGUACAAGGAGUGGAAUGUACACCAAACAGACACCAUACACAUCUACUGUAUAUACAUUGUGCACGUGUAAAUUUAAUGUUUUUUAUUUUAUUGUCAUUAACCCGAAGAGAGCUAUCUUUUGAUCUUCUGUUUUCUAUGAUAAAAAUACAGAAAUGUGUAUUGGUGGG